AUGUCUAAAAUUCCCGAGAAAGAGAUAGUAACUGGUGUGAAUGACACAUUUUCAAGAAUAGGUUGGGUUUCGUUGGCUCUUCUUUGCGUUUAUGGAGCUGUGAAGGCUGUGAGGGCCAUGGAGAUUGAUGACCAUGUGGGUUACAAGUAUCUGGGAAAGGCUGUUGUAUUUUUCUAUCUGAUUGAUAUAUUGAAAUCCAUAUUCUCUGAAACUCCAUCUCCGGUUUUCAAGGCUGACCGAUGGGUAAGAACUUUCGUCCCCUCGAUACCGUUUCUCAUCAUCUUUUUUACCAUUUACAACUUCUAA